UCAUUCGGACUAACCCCAUCGGAAGGGGUUUAGAGGAAUUUCGUAAUACCUUUAGCUAUCUGUCCAGAGAUUUUAAUGAAGUCCUCGAGAUGGACGAUCAGACCCUUAAACCCAUACCCGUCAGCCUCAUCGUCGCACUUGAUGAGCUACCGGGAGCUCAAAUGCUCCCGUCUGCUGCGGGUUAUGAAAGCCUUUUUCAUACCCUUUGACAGUUUGAGCUUUCGGUUAGCAUGGGCAAAUCCGACCUCCAAUCUCUACUCCCUCUUCCUCGGGCGGUCCUCGAUGGUAUGCCCGAUGAAACUGUUUGGAAAGUGGUCUACGACGCCGUCGUCGUCAAGAAUACGCCGUUGCGCUACAACGCGGGCAGCAUAACGAACUCUACCGAACACCGCGUAGACGUCAUACCAAAGGAGGAAUUGGAAGAGCUGUAUAUCGGGGUCUCUGGUUUCUUCGACGCCUGCUUCGGAGGCGUCCCCGGUCUCGAGGCGAUAGCGCAGGCCGUGUUCCGCAAGUGCGAAGAAGGGAGCGAACCGCUCUACCGAGAGGACGCUGGCUGGAAGGACUGGCCCCAGAAGGCGACUGAACUAGAUGUCUUAAACUGACUUGGAGGAAUUACCAGCAGCCUCUCGGACCUAGCGGAAGACCCCGUCUCUCGGCCUCGACGGCGGCCGCUAGCCCAACCGAACCAGCCCGUGAGAGAGGCUCCACCGCCGAUCGGGAGAGCUCA